UGAAGAGUGAGACAGUUAGCAACAGGAAGAGAGAGAGAAAGAGAGAUGAGGGUGCAUCUGUCUCAUUUUCUGCAAUGUUACCAUGUGGUUCAAGCUGUGUUGCGCCUCAUCAACAAAUCAGGUCACCGGAAAGUUGGUGGGUGAAAUCAAUUAACAAAACCAGCAGAUAGGAACACAUGACCGAGACUACAACUGACAGGAACUUGCAAAUAGUUUUCUCACCUGCAAAAAGAAAGUUCUGCUUUCAUCGCUGUUCACUCACUCCUCCCUCUUCCUCAUCCUCUGGAAGGAAACCCCCUCUUUCCUGUUCAGUAAGCCAGCCACAUAAAGUUUCCUCUUCUCAAACUAUCUCAUUUCCUGCGGAGGAUCCACAUGUCCUUGCCCCAAUCACACUCUGGUGUAGAGGACAGGGCCAUAAAGCAUGUCCGGAUGAAGUGGAAAAAGCGAUGUCUGAUCGGUUCACGAGUCUUCCCAAAAAGAAACAAGAAAUAUCUCAGGCACUGAAGAUAUCAUAUAACUCUAUCUCUGAGCUCUUCAAAAAGAACAGGACCCACUGCCACUGGAAAAACAAUGCAUUCCAAGAUCUAAUGGAACACCUCAACCGACAAGCUAAAUCACAUUUCGUCCCGGUGAUGAGCUCUGCACUUGAGACGUUGGUGGAGAACUUCAAGAAGCUCGAUCAGUUUCUCACACAGCAGAAUUUUAGCUGCUGCGCGUGGGAAACUGUGCGCCAGGACAUUCUGGUCGUCAUGGACCACUUCAGAAAAAUGACAAGACCUAGAACACACGUUUAAUACAGCGCUUGCCGUAAAUUAAUGUUGUCCAUUAUUUAUUAAUACGCUAAUUUUAUAGUUUUUAUUUUGCAAUUUUCAUUUUCCAUUGAAGUCGAUAUGGUAAAAUGAAUCAGUGAAUUUCCAGAUGAAUGAAUGUUAAUAUGCCGCUUUAUUAACGGCUCUGGGCUUAUGCUAUUUAUAAACACAUUGAUUAGAGAAUAACUAAUUUAGACUACACUAAAAUGUUUACAAUAUGCGAACUUUUAUUGUCCUUUAUUAUACAAACCACUGUUUAUCCGGGAAUGUGCUAUUAUUGAUAUGAAGGAAUGUUUCGUUUACGUGUUGAUUGUAAUGGAUGUCUAAAUGUCUUUCUAACAAAUGUGUGGACACAUGUGAAUUUGUCA